AUCUAUACCGUGUGAGACUCGUAAUCCAUCUUUUCGUCUCUCAAUGCUAUAGCGCCGCUUUUUUCUGUCUUCGUCUUUCUUUGCCUUGUGUGACUUCUCUUGCUUGUUCUUUUUUAAGAGAAGACUGCCAAGACUUCUCUAUGUUUCUUUAUUUCUCUUGAUAUAUCCUAUCCUGUCUCAUCCUAUCCUAGCCUAGCCUAUCUUCUUGAACUUUACUAUCAGAUUCUGCUACUUAUUUCCCAUUCUUUUUCGAGAAAACAAUACAUUUGGUAAGUGACGUUUUCUGGGUUUUUGUCAAAAUUGUUGUUCUGUGUCUAUAUGGUUCCCACUUGCCAGGCAAAGCACAAGAAGGAGAAAAAAGGGGUCUCAUAUAGCUAUAUCCAACUAAGCUGUAAGCCGUAGAAUGUUUGUCUGUUUUGUUCGAGAGUGAAGGAGAAGUUCAGGUCGCAGUUUUCUUCUUCUCUUUGCUCUUCUUUAAGAGGGGAGGAUUAUGUUGUUUUCUUUGAUUUUCUAUCUCUAGGCAACCAAACAAAAAGUUUCUGGUUUAAUUCCGCUUUCAGGAGAGUUAGGAGAUUAGUAAUUUUGGUCAGGGUAAUCUCAGUUGCAAUUAUAGCUAAUGGAGAACACUGGAGGUGGUUCUUUUAUGAGGAAUAGGAAUUUGGAGAGUUUCCUCAACACAAACUGCAGCCCAAAUGUGAAAGAAAUGCUAAAAAUUUGGGAAAGUGAAGAAGAGGAAAAAAGGCCUAAGAUUGAUGUUUAUGUUGAUGAUGGGUGGAUUUCUGCAUUGACAUCUUAUAUAAGGAUUGUGGCUUGUUUUGUGUCAAUGAUGGUUACAACAUUUAUAUGGGCUUUAAUCAUGCUCUUGCUCUUGCCAUGGCCAUAUGAGAGGAUUAGGCAGGGAAACAUUUAUGGACAUGUAACUGGUAGAAUGCUGAUGUGGAUCUUAGGGAACUCUGUAAAGAUUGAAGGUGCCAAAUUCUCAAAUGAGAAGGCCAUUUAUAUCAGUAAUCAUGCAUCUCUUAUAGACAUUUUCCUUAUGAUGUGGUUGACUCCCACAGGCACAGUUGGCAUUGCGAAGAAAGAGAUUAUAUGGUAUCCUCUAUUUGGACAACUUUAUGUAUUGGCCAGUCAUCUUCGAAUAGAUCGCUCCAACCAGACUGCUGCAAUUCAAUCCAUGAAAGAGGCAGCUUGUGCAAUUGUCAAAAACAACCUCUCGCUAAUUAUUUUUCCCGAGGGAACAAGGUCAAAAAAUGGACGGUUGCUCUCAUUUAAAAAGGGAUUUGUUCAUUUGGCAUUGCAAACGCGCCUUCCAAUCGUUCCGAUGGUCCUGACAGGUACCCAUCUAGCAUGGAGGAAGGGCAGCUUGCGCGUUCGGCCAGUGCCUAUAACAGUCAAGUUUCUCCGUCCCAUAAGAACUAAUGAUUGGACCAUUGAUAAAAUUGAUGACUACGUAAAAAUGGCACAUGACACAUACGUUGAAAACCUUCCAGAGUCUCAAAAGCCUCUUUGUUAGAAGGUACCAGUAAUAGUUUCUAGACCCUACUCCAAGUAGAGGCAUCUUCUCUUUGUAAUUUUAACAAUCUGACUAAGUCCUUUGGUAAAAGCUGCAAUGAGCAUGAUGGAAAUGUAACUAUAGUUUAACAGAAGUAUGAUGUUUAUGCUACAGAUUCUCUUGCUAUAGCACUGAUUAUGUGAUCUGUAUCGGUUGUGUAAUAGGUUUUUCCUGUAAAUGAAUUAUCUUUUUUGUUUCCUUAA